ACGUAGUAAGAAACAGCUGCUUUGUAUCGUAACAUUGAUUCAAUUUUAACUCAAUUAUACAUAAUGUUGGACUUAUUUAGCAUCUUCAGUAAAGGAGGCAUCGUAUUGUGGUGUUUUCAAAGUACAAGUGAUAUAUUUUCACCGUCAGUAAACGCGCUUAUUCGGAAUGUUAUAUUACAAGAGCGCUCAGGGAAUAAUACGUUCAACCAUAAUGCCCUCAGCUUACAAUAUAAACUCGACAAUGAGUUUGAACUGGUUUUUGUGGUUGCCUAUCAACGUAUAUUGCAACUGUCAUAUGUUGACAAGUUUCUGAACGACAUACAUCUAGAAUUCAGGGACAAAUACAAGAAUGAACUUCAAAUUGGCAGGCACAGUAUGGACUUCGAUUUUAAGACAACUUUUGACAAAGUCCUCAAGCAGUGUGAGAGUUGGGCUAAAUCACAAGCUAAGAUUCCAAAGCAAAUGCGGACUUUUGAAGACUCGCAGAAGUCUAAAAAGACUGUUGCGUCUAUGAUAGAGCGUAAGGGAGAAGAAAAGAGCAAGAAAUCAGUGAAGAUAGUGGAAAACAAGAGUAUUCCUAACGGCAAAGCGGAGGAGUCUCCAGAAGGGGAUGAAGAUGUAAUAGCUGCUAAUAGAGCCAAACUAGCUCAAAAACUAGCUGCUAAGAGUAAAAAGGAGACUAAGAAGUCCCCGAAGAGUCCUAAAGCGAGUCAAGAGCGUGUGAAGAAACCGCGGGUGUGGGAGUUGGGGGGAGGCUCUCGGGACCUGCCUUCGCUGGACUUCAGCAGCGACAAGGAUGCCUACGAACACGUCGAGGUAGCGACUGACACCCAGCUGCUGGGACAAAUGGCAGGCGCUAUCCGCGAUUUGGAAGUGGAUUCAGAGAGCAGUAGUGAUGAAGAAAUCGAGCAAACACAGACCAGUCCCAAGAAGAGUGCUGGCAUGUUUAGUAUAUUUAAAGGUCUGGUUGGUUCUAAGGCGUUAUCCGAGGAAACCAUGCGUCCAGUAUUGGACAAAAUGCGCGAUCAUCUGAUUGGAAAAAACGUAGCUGCAGAUAUUGCUAAUAAACUCUGUGACUCCGUUGCUACCAAGCUUGAUGGCAAGGUGCUUGGAACAUUCGACAGUGUAGCUCGAACUGUGAAGGCGACCCUGACAGAGGCUCUAGUUCAGAUAUUAUCCCCGAAGCGUAGAGUGGAUAUCUUGCGUGACUGUCUGCAUGCGAAACAGCAGGGACGUCCCUAUGUGAUGGCGUUUUGUGGGGUGAACGGCGUAGGUAAAUCGACUAACCUGGCCAAGAUCUGCUUCUGGCUGAUCGAGAACAACCUGUCCGUGCUGAUCGCGGCGUGCGACACGUUCCGUGCUGGCGCCGUGGAGCAGCUGCGUACACACGUGCGGAGGCUGGACGCGCUGCACCCCGGCGCCGUGCACCUGUACGAGAAGGGAUACGGUAAAGACGCAGCCGGCAUAGCAAUGGAAGCUAUAAAAUACGCAGCGGAUUCGAAGAUAGAUGUCGUUCUGAUAGAUACGGCUGGUCGGAUGCAAGAUAAUGAACCACUCAUGAGAGCUCUGGCUAAACUUAUUAAAGUCAACGAACCUGAUCUGGUACUAUUUGUUGGUGAAGCAUUAGUUGGCAAUGAAGCAGUCGAUCAGCUAGUCAAGUUCAACCAAGCUCUAGCUGAUCACAGUUCAUCUUCCAACCCUCAUGUGAUUGAUGGGAUUGUGCUGACCAAGUUUGAUACCAUUGAUGAUAAAGUGGGAGCGGCCAUUUCCAUGACGUAUAUAACGGGACAGCCCAUAGUAUUUGUCGGUACAGGACAGACAUAUACAGAUUUGAAAGCGUUGAACGCAAAUGCUGUUGUUCAUGCUCUUAUGAAGUGAUCACAUAGUUCUAUUUAUAUCUUAAAAAUCAAGAUUUACAAAAAUUAUUACAAAUUAUGAAGUCACAAAGUUAUUGCCAAUUGAAAAGAAUAUUAAAAAUAUUUCUUGUAAAUUAAACCUUUAUCAUGUUGCCAAUAUGAUUUUCAAAUAUUGAAAAAAAAAUAGUAGGUGUAUAUCGUUUAUUUUGUCAAACAAUAAAAAAAGUUUAAUUUAGAAGUGACAUCUUAAAAUCGCUUACCUUUUCAUCUAUGUUAGUUAAUAGAUACCUUAACUCUUGUUGUAUAUUUCUUAAAAAUACUAUUGUCUGUGGUUACCUUACUUUAAUUAAAAAUAAAUAUGUCUAUGUCUACAUUUUUAUUAGCUGUUUAGUUUUCUCUUCCGUUAUAAAGGUGCUGGUAAAUAUUAAACGGACCCAAAGGUUAGCAAAAAUAUACAUUUUAAAUGCGUAGGAUUAAUUUUUCAGUGCCUUGUCCCAAUAUCGAAUAAAAAACGAAUGCAAUUUUGUAAAAGACACUGCCUUGUUAUUCGUUUUAAGGAGAACACAUUUAUAUAAUUAAUAGGUAAAAUAAUAUAUUACUUCAUAUUUUGUCUUUGAAAUUUCAUAUUUUGUCUUGUGAAUUAUUGUAUUGCACAUUGAGGUGUUCGGUUGUAUUAUUGUAUUAUAUUUAUAAAUAAAAUGUUUUUUUUUUUUUAAAGUAAAUCGCCAUUAUUUGUUUAAUGUAUAUAUUUUAUGAUAUCACAAGUCGAUUAAUAUAAAUUUUUUUUUUUCAAAUUAAUACUACAAUGAAAUGAAUUGGUUUACAAUAUUCUAGUAUUUUUGUUAUUUUAUCCUACAACAGUUAACAGUAAACCAGGAAAUAUAAGGUAUUGAAAUUCAA